UCCCAGUCUGGUCACAUAAAUUCACUGCGUGGCAGUUGUGCGCGUUAGUUUUGUCACAAGAGGAGUUCGUAGUCUCAUCUAAACUUGUAUUCGCCGCCUCUUUAUACAACCUAGAGUCGUUCUGACGGCGAAUGUGUUACAUUCGAGCCGAGUCUGGGACGAUUGUACGAGAAAAUCAGCAGCAGUUGUUGACCGACCGUCAGCUAUUUUCGUUUUGAAAUUUUAGUUCAACAUGGUUACGCUGGAUUGGGACAGUGCGCCAGGCCCACUGGACGAAAUCAGACCAGAGGCCAGGAAGCUGUAGAACGCGACCGUGGAUUCGGACAGAUUUGAUUCAGCUAAUGAUUCUGUGGGUGAUACUUGUCUCUCACAGGACUUUCAGAAGUGCUCGCUCCACUCGUCGGAAGACCAAAGUUCACAGCCCGCCCCGGUAGGAAGAGCAGAGGAACUGGUGGAACGCUUGCAGCCGACACAGAGGGAGGAAUUCCCAGAAGAAACCUGCAAAUCCUGCCAGGACGAGACAGAAGAUGACUGUAUCGAACCAGACGAGGAUCCCAGCGAGGAACUAAGGGAGAACUUGGCAAGAGAAGCCUUCUGCCAAGACCAAGACGGCGACACGUUCGUCCAAACUUCCUCUCUUCUCUGCAUCGGAUCAACAGAGCAGUGUAAAUUCUAGUUGGUGCUCUAGGCUGAAGCAGUACUUGGUGACAGCCAACAAACCACUUGGAAAUAUCAAGGUCAACAUCAAAACCCCAGCAACAAGUAGAACAAGUGAAUUGCAUCCCAGAAGUGGUAACAAUGAGUAUCGCAAUGAGUGUUCAAAAUCAGGUGAUAGAAAAUCUAAACAGUGGUGGAUGUCUGUCCAUGUCACAAGGUUCCGCUUCAGCCUCUGCACCACCCGGGCGUGGCCAGUAUCUAUGGCAACAAACAGUUGCCGGGGAUACGGCCACGCCUAUGCAUGUUGGGGAGCCAGCACUGCUAGUAACUUCUAGCAGAGAAGCUUCUGCUGUAGAUUGCUUAGACCAAGUAGAGUCGAGUAGUAGUGCUUGCUUCACAACGAAUGGUGCAGAGGCUGGGGCAGAACCGAGUGUAAAUGCCAUGUAUAGUAUGGAAAUCAUUCGACUAGGAUCAUUUAAGCAUUGGCUUAGCUCGAGCGCAGAUAUAAACCCUCGCAAAUUUGCAAAAGCAGGACUAUUUUACACUAGACAAGGCGAUACGGUACAAUGCUAUCAAUGUAGGAGAACGUUCAGUGGAUGGCUAGAUGGGGACAUACCGCUUCAAAGACAUCACCAAGAAAGCCCAGACUGUCUAUUCGCCAGAGAACUUUACUUGAAAGACAAUGAAGCCCAGCGAUCUCAAAACAACACCUCUUCACAGCGUAGAGGUAUUGAUGUAUCAGACAAUGCCACAUCAAGCAUCGUUGCACCACAAUCCUCUAGCAAUGGAAACGAUGCUCCAGACUCCUCUUGUUUACAGUCAAUGCAAAGAUUAUCCAUACAUAAUGUAAACACAAGUAGUGGUAAUGCAAACACUGCAAGUAGUAACACGGCAUCUGAUUACUACGCAUACGACACAGCCGCAACUGCAAGGAAUGUAAAACAUUGUGGUGAACACUGUCCGAAAGACUUGAACACGGAGCUACACAGGAUACACACGUUCUACGGAUGGCCAGAAAGCACACCUGUUAGACGAGAACAUUUGGCAAAAUUCGGGUUCUUCUAUCUGGGGGUGCGAGACAAAGUGGAGUGCGCGUUCUGCGGAGGGGUGCUCCACCAAUGGGAGGAGGGGGACGAUCCGAAGAGAGAACAUGAGCGACAUUACCCACACUGCCCCUUCAUACGGAACUGUGCGACCUCUAAUGUACCACUGGACGCCCCUGAUGGAGGUUCAACCGAUGAUCAACAAUCUGAAAGACGUGGUCACACGGAGAGCGAACCGGCACCGCCACCUCCCGGGGGAACGGACUGUCCGAAGCACCCGGAGCUUUCGUCAGAAGAAGACCGCCUGUCCACGUUUUUUAGCUGGCCCCUGUACAGCCCCAUCUCACCACGCAAGCUCGCCCAGGCCGGGUUUUAUUACACAUAUAUCGAUGACCAGGCGAAGUGUUAUUGGUGUGAGGGAGAGCUGAAGGACUGGCAGGCUGGAGACGACCCGUGGACUGAACACGCGCGCUGGUACGGGGAGGAGUGCGGCUUCGUGCUACGGGAACGCGGCAUUGGCUACGUCCGCCAGAUCAAGAACACCUUCCCUUCUCUUGUGCAAGUGGUCCAUCACCAUUCACAGCAGGACUUUGUCCAAGACUUCAUUGUGGGCUCCGCAAACGUAACGAUCCAAGUAGGAAGCCUCGACCCAGAGGACGAAUUCGAAGAGCGCGUGCUAGACGCCAUGGACUCGAGAGUCGUGAGAAACGUGGUAGAGAUGGGCUUCGGUCAGCAGAACGUGGAAAUCGUGGUACGAAGACGUCUUCGCGCGCGAAGGGGACCUUUCACGACCAUAACGGACCUUGUUGAGUCUUUGCUCGCGAUGGAUGAACGCGGUGAGGACCAGGGAGACAACCCGGAUGCUGAGGAUGAAGAGGACAGACACGCAGAGGGGCCAACUCUGACCGGAAACCAAGAGCCAGAGGAGGCUGCUGCUGAGCAGAUGGAGGAAGAACCAGAAGAAGAAACGCCAGCUUCAAUGGAGGAACUUCAGCAAAGGCUCAGGCGAAUGAAAGAGGAGCGUAUGUGCAAAAUCUGCAUGUCUAAUGAUGCCACAAUGGUUUUCAUUCCGUGUGGACAUCUAUGCUGCUGCGAGGGCUGUGCUCAUUCUAUGAGAUCUAGAGGUAGAAAGUGCCCAAUAUGCCGAGCUCGCAUCCUUAAGGUGCAGAGAGCUUUCCUUGCCUGAAGAUAUACAGUCAUGUACAAAUAAAGUGUCUCCAGUUCAGUCUGUGUGUUCAGUUCUAUUAUGAAACAACUUAAAGCCACUUUACUAAACAUCUUUUCAAGGCUAUAACUGUUAGAGUUUACAAGCUAAAAGUACAUUGUGUCUACAGUAGUUGCAGUAGUGCACAAUGCUAAUGAUGUAGUAAGGUGGCUGUUACAUGCUACGAAGUCUACCCUUAUGUCUAUCCAAAUAACGACUUGUGCUGAAUAUAAAAUAAACAUGCUUCCAUCCAUAAGAAGGGUGUGGCUAUGGUUACGUGUAAGGACCCAGUCACAUGUCACGAGGUAUGUGACCGCGUCGCUUUUGAACCGUUGAAAUGGUCUUUGUGACAGAUUUGGCGCCAAACCGAACACGGAAAACCGUUGAAGGGGGAUUCCCCUUUGUGCAUGUGAUGAGUGCGUGCACACAUUAUUGCGCACACACUAUUCUCCAACAGGUAAAGGUCUAACCAACUGUAGCCUGGCUUUCCCCCCGAAGAAAGCUGCGUGUACACAUUUGCAUUGGCUAGUCUCCAAGUUGGAAGUUAGCCAAAUGUAUCUCUGGGCGGUUAACGCCAUUCCUUUGAGUUGGUCCCGUGAUGUUUAUUACAGCGAACGUACAACGGUUUCUGCACCGAGAUUGUGCCAACUGGAGUUGAAAAAUGACCAUAGCAAUGCGCCCAACUGGAAAUUCCACAGUUAAGGGCACUUCAUCAUUUGACGCUUUGAUGAGGAUGGUAACAGAUUAUCAUUUUACACCAAUAAUAAAUAAUCUUUGUGUAUUGAACUCUUUGUGUCAUACACUGCCAUACAUUGCAGUGUGUUGAGUACUCGAUUUAUUUGGUAUAUGACUUCGGAUUGUCACAUGGUUUUCCUUGUGUAUCUAUAGAGGUUUAGUACUAUGAUAAGUAGAUCAUUUCGUCAUAGGUGCCGAAAACAGAAGUAACAUGCAAUAGCCGUAGGCCUUCCUAUUAUGUGUCGACAUCUCAGCCUCUGUUUCGUGUCGUUCUGGUGGCUGUUCCUGUGGAGAGUGGAACUGUGAUGUUAUACCUCCGACAUUCAGGUAUCAUCUCUCUGCUGUGAUAUUAAGCAAAGUCAGUCGACACCCCUCGAACUCUCUGUAUUAGACUAGUCCAUAUUUGAAUAUUAAGUAGCUCAGUCUAUUAGAGAAACCCAAGACUCUAGUUCCUUCUCUUUCAGCCUGGCCUGGACUCCAGACUGAGCACAUCCACGUUUGUACCACUACUAACC